CAUCUACAGUGAGUCUCUCAGUCUCCACAGACCACCUCCUGUAACACUGGCUAAAACGUAAGUCGUCAUGUCCACCAGAGCUGUGAAGAGCACCAGCUACUCUGUGAGGCCCUCCUCUGCAGGCAUGGGCUCCCCUCAGAACUUCAGCAGCAGCUCCUACUCCGGUGGGUAUGGUGGUGCCAGACAGAGCUACAGCGUCCGCAGCUCCUACGGGGGCGUUGGCAGCAGCGCCGGGGGCGUUGCAGCAGGUGGUUAUAGGGUAGUUGUGGCUGGGGGGUCCGUGCAAAGACGGGGUGUGAUGGAGUUUGGGUAUGCGGGCAUGGGUGUUGAGGGUGGUAUGGGUGUUGGCGGUGGUAUGGGUGUUGGCGGUGGUAUGGGUGUUGGCGGUGCUAUGGGUGUUGGCGGUGGAAUGGGUGUUGGCGGUGCUAUGGGUGUUGGCGGUGCUAUGGGUAUGGGUGGUGGUAUGGGAGGUGGGAAGAUGACCUGUACGGGACCCCCUCAAAUCACAGCUGUUCAGGUCAACCAGAGCCUGCUGGCACCACUGAACCUGGCGAUCGACCCCAACAUCCAGGUUGUCCGCACCCAGGAGAAGGAGCAGAUCAAGACSCUCAACAACCGCUUUGCCUCCUUCAUCGAUAAGGUGCGUUUCUUGGAGCAGCAGAACAAGAUGCUGGAGACCAAGUGGAGCCUCCUGCAGGACCAGACCACCACCCGCUCCAACAUUGACGCCAUGUUCGAGGCCUACAUCUCCAACCUGCGCAGACAGCUGGACGGCCUGGGCAACGAGAAGAUGAAGCUGGAGGGGGAGCUGAAGAACAUGCAGGGUCUGGUUGAGAACUUCAAAACCAAGUAUGAGGAUGAGAUCAACAAGCGUAACGAGUCUGAAAACAGUUUUGUUCUCCUGAAGAAGGAUACAGAUUCUGCAUACAUGACCAAGAUGGAGCUGGAGGCCAAGCUGGACUGUCUCACUGAUGAGAUUGAGUUCCUCAGGAGUAUCUAUGAUAUGGAGCUGCGUGAGCUGCAGGGCCAGAUCAAGGACACCUAUGUGGUGGUAGAGAUGGACAACAGCCGUAACCUGGACAUGGACUCCAUUGUCGCUGAAGUGCGCGCCCAGUACGAGGACAUCGCCAACAGCAGCAGAGCUGAGGCCGAGACCUGGUACACACAGAAAUAUGAACAGAUGCAGUUGUCAGCCAGAAAGUAUGGGGACGACCUGAAAAACACUAAGGCAGAGAUUGCAGAUAUGAACCGUAAAAUCAUGAGAUAUCAGUCUGAAAUUGACAUGAUGAAGGGUCAGCGCACCCACCUGGAGAACCAGAUUGCUAAGGCAGAGGAGCACGGUGAGCUGGCGGUGAAGGACGCCAGGCUUCGCAUCAACRAUCUCGAGGUGGCUCUGCAGAGAGCCAAACAGGACAUGACCAUGCAAGUCCGCCAGUACCAGGAGCUGAUGAAUGUCAAGCUGGCCUUGGACAUUGAGAUCGCCACUUACAGGAAGCUGCUGGAGGGAGAGGAGAGCAGGCUGGUGACUGGAAUCAAGUCGGUCAGCAUCUCCAAACAGUCUUCUUCAAUGAACUACAACUCUUACCCCCUGGAGAGCAGUCGCACCACUAGCUACGUCCGGGGCUCAAUGGGCGGAUACAAGAGCAGCAGCACUUACAUCAGUGGCCAUGCGAACAGCCAUGUAGGCCCCAGUUUUGACCUGCCUGGCUGUAUCAUCCUGGGAGCCACCAACGGUAUCCAGGUCUCUACCAGCAGAGACGUGGAUUCCAACAACACCCUGGGAGGCAGCAAAGGCACCAGCAGAGAUGUGGAUUCCACUGUCACCCGAGGAGAUGAAUGAGGAGACUUCGUCAUCACAGGCGACCAUGGAAUUUGUUUAUUCUUUCUGUGACAGAUUUGUGCUUCCACAACCUACUUUUCAGCCUUCCACUCACAUUCAUUUGACUUUUCUAGCCAGGUUAGUACAUCAUUUGCCUGCCAAACAGUGACCUAUCAAACAGGCUAAUUGGAAUCACAGCCAGUCUAACUGUAAGUUCAUUUUCCUACCCACAAAUGGUCUGGUUUAAAGUGGUAAAUAUGAAGGGUUAUGUAUUCCUGAACGGCCCCUGAAAGUCGACCCCUUAUGUCUAUUUGGCCUACUUGUGUGGUCUCGUUCACUGUCGAUGGAUGCUAUCCAUCUCAUUUGUCUGUCCACACCUGAGUCACCAGCAGGUGUCAUUGUAGCAGAUGUUUUUCUCUCUGGUUGCUCAGAGACCCAUUAAAGCACUAGGAGAACAAACAACCUCUCAA